UCUGGAAAUAGAUUUUGAAUCAAGUAACUCUGAAGAUAUGUGCAUGAAGAUACGGAUAGACUGGUUGUGCUUAGACACUGAAUACUGAUUUUGUCGACAUUUAGUGAAGAUAAGUGUGGCUACGUUGAGUGGUGCUGAGACUGCGGUUUUCUCUGCAGGAUGGCUGGCCUAAGUGGCGGUUGCAGGAUGGUGCCAGGGACAUGACUUUUUUGAACAUGCGGCACCAGUGCAGCAUGUGCCUGAAGAAUUUCCGCAGCCAGGCUGAUCUGGGUCGUCACAUGCGCACACACACGGGCGAGAAGCCCUUCAAGUGCCCUUAUUGUGAACGCUCCAUGGCACAGAAAGGAAAUCUCAAGGCCCAUAUCAAGAAUGUCCACAAUGAUAAAACAUGCCCCAUUUAACCAAAGAAGUGAAGGGGCACUCAGGAUUGGUGUGUGGGCAGCUGCUGCAGAUUCUGGAGAAUACCAGCGGGAGCUCGAAGGAGCCACUAAAGCCUUCAGCUGCCGACGACACCUCCCAGGUCCUCUUAGGGGAUGGCUCAGGGAUGAGUGGGGUGCCGCAGAUGCCAUCUGUGCCCGGCCAACUGGACGAUUCAGGGAUGUCGCCACAUUCCUCGCGACCCCCUAUGCGCUUCUUCUGUCCCGUCUGUCCCAAGGGCUUUCGAAGUAAACUUGAUGUUGAGAGGCACUUACGGACCCACACAGGGGAGAAACCCUUUCAGUGCCCAUACUGUCCACAUCGUUCAGCCACAAAAGGGAACCUUAAAGCACACAUGCGUCACAUUCACAUGGAUGUUCGCCUACCAUUCUAAGCACCCAUUAGCACUUAAGUAUUUUGUAUUGACCACUGAAAGUCCUAACCACAUUUAUACAAAUCAUUGUCCAGAAGCCAUGAGCUUUUGGAAUUUGCCAUACUUGUUAGCAUGUGAAAUGUAGUAGAAGUGAAAAGAUACAACAAAAAUGGCC